AUGGCCCUCCCCGACCCUGGCCUUCCUACCCCCAAACUCCUCCGUGAAUCCACCGACCUCACCUUUUCCUCCACCUUCACCAGCUCCAGCACCCGCUCGUUCUCCUACACCCCCAACGCGGUGACCUUCACCCGUACCCGCACCCGCACCCGCCUGCCUCCUGCCAACAAACACAAAUACCGCAUCCUGCACCAACCUCUGUUCCGCAAUUCUCUCCUCGCCGGCGUCGGAUACCUAGAACUAGCCAAUGCGGCCGACUUUGCGGCCAAUGUGUGGAACGAGAUCCCGGUGCCCCUGCACGCCAAGAUCCUGAUGGCGAUUGGCGGGCCCUGCGCGCUGUGCAUGACCCUGGUCGCCGCCCGAGACAUGUACCUCAGCGCCGCCAACGUGCGGUUGCUGCGUCAAGAGAGAACUUUCCUCUCCGACAGCAUCUCCACCAGUGCAUCGUCGGCCGACCACACCGGUGACGGCUCCCACAGACCGAUGCCCCAUCCAUCCAGCGAGAGAACCACCAUCGACAGGCUCAACGAGUACAAGCACGGCGUCAAUACCCGCGAGGUGCUCACCGAAGUCAUCGACCGCAUCCUCAUGGAUCUGCUCAUGGGCGUUGGUGCCCUGCUCGUGGGCAUCGGCACCCUGCUCGCGAUCUGGGGCGCUGAUCCGACCAUCUACCGGGCCAGUAAUCUGCUGUCCGGGUACGUGGGCAAUGGACUGGCGGCGGGCUUCGGGCUCGUCAAUGCGAUUUGGUCCGCAUAUCUGGUGUGGCGGUUCCAGCGAUGCUGGAGGGCGUGCGCGGUGGCGGAGCAGGAGGAGGAGGGGAAAAUCCCCCGUGACCAAAACCACGAGCUUCCGGCCUCGCUGAAGACCAAACUCCGGGCGCGCAUGCGGGCCCUGCAGUUCCAUGCCGUCGUCAACGGGGUCAACGGCGUAGUGGCCGGGGCCGCGAGCAUGGUCACCGCGACCAUGUGGUACGGGUACGUGGUCCUGGUGCCGUGCAUCGUGAGCCUGAUCCUCCUGAACGUGUUCUGGCGCGCGAGACUGGGCUACGACCGAUCGCUG